AUGGAGGACAGGGCAAGGCAGCUGCUCCUCCUCGCCGCCGUCGCCGGGGCCGGCGCCGCAUUCGGCGCGUUCACCACUGCAGCCAUCUUCAACCUCAUCUCCAGGUCUAAGCGGAGAGAGGGCUACGUGCGCAACCUGCUGGAGUCCAAUGGUGGCACUGGCAGCAGCGGGGCUGCAGGACCUGGAGCACGUCCGAGGGAUUGCUCGGAUCUUCUCUCCGAUGAAGUUGUCGCUGAGCAGCUUACAAGGAACAUACAGUUUUUCGGCAUUGAAUCCCAGAAGAAAGUUACUGAAUCUUUUGUUGUAGUCAUUGGUCUUGGAGGAGUUGGCAGUCAUGCUGCUUCGAUGCUCCUCAGAUCUGGGGUUGGCAGGUUGCUUCUAGUAGAUUUUGAUCAGGUCUCACUCUCAUCACUAAACCGGCAUGCUGUGGCAACCAGAGAUGAUGUUGGGACCCCAAAGGCUUCAUGCCUCAAGAAGCAUUUCUCAAUGAUAUAUCCAGAGUGCAAAAUAGAAGCAAGAGUGCAGUUGUAUGAUCCAUCAGCCGAGGACGAAAUUCUUUCUGGACAGCCAGAUUUUGUUCUUGAUUGCAUAGAUAACAUUGAUACUAAGGUGGCUCUCCUUGCGGCUUGCGUACGCAGAGGGUUAAGGGUACUUUCUGCAAUGGGGGCUGGAGCUCGAGCUGACCCAACCCGAAUUCGUGUUGCAGAUUUGAGAGAAUCAAGUAACGACCCCCUUUCUAGGACGGUACGGUAUCGGUUGAAGAAGGAUCAUGGAAUUGAAGGUGGAAUACCAGUAGUUUUUUCGUUGGAGAAGCCCAAGGCAAAGUUACUUCCUUUUCAAGGUUCGAAAGAAGAGGAAACUCCAUCAGAUUACCAGAUUGUUCCAGGAUUCAGGGUUCGCAUUAUCCCAGUACUGGGAACAAUCCCUGCAAUAUUUGGUCAAGUUAUGGCCUCCUAUGUGGUUACUCAGCUAGCCAAUUUAGAUUUUCAAACUGAACCAAUUGUUAACCUGGAUUUGGAUCAUUACCGUGUUCUUCAUCAUCGUCUUCUUGAGCAUGAGGAGCUGAUAUAUGGGUCAGCAGAACAAGUUUUGGUUGAUGCGCAAGAGGUGAUGUACAUUGUGAAAGAAUUGUGGCGUGGCCGAAGUGCUAGAGAUCAAAACAUGAAGGACACUGGCCGAAAAAUGUGGAGAUCUGUCAAUGAACUAAUGCUUGUUCGGUGGGACAAAUCGAAGCCUGCCGGCGUGGCAAAUCUGAUACUUCUCAAGUUCACUGAGGCGGAUGCGCAUGAAUCCACCACGCUCGAUCAAGUAAAAGAGGAAGAACCUGAGUUUUACGCCAUGGUUUCACGCGUUUUGAAACGGGCUGAAAUGGAGUUUUCUUUAUGAGCUGGUCACCGUUUUUUUUUUUUGUUUCUACAUUUGAUAUACCGUCGUAAGCUGGGGAAGGCAAGAUUCCACUCUUGCGUGGUCGAAUUUUGCGUAAUGCUGGUGAGGAGCAAGUAGAUGAAUUUUGUUUCAUCGCAGAACUGCGACUUGCUGGUAAUGCUUUGAUUUUGUCUGCAAGGAUCUUCCUCCUGUAAUCAUCUCUCCCCAGGACUAUUGAUGUUUUCGAGAUUACCUUGUGUAAACCAAACAGAGCAUCAGCUUUUCACCCAUAUGAUAUGCAACAUAUUCAAGUGAAUUCGAAGAGAUUAUUUUGAGUAA